UAGGCCUCGCUAAAUGGCACAGCCCAGUAAACUUAAUGCACUUUAACAAUGUGGAAAAAUCCGUCUGAAUAUUUCACCACAACUACCAAGACGUUUUUUCAGAGGCAUAAAGGGGAGGUGAAUUCCUGUGCCAUUUCUCCGGACUACAACCUAAUCCUGACUUGUUCUGAUGACAGUCGCAUCUACAUAUGGGAAUCAAAAACCGGCGUGCUUCAACAUAAAGUGACAGGACACAAAGGGCCAGUCAAAUCGUGCUGCUUUUCUCCAAACGGUUCCCUGUUUGCCAGCUCAUCGCAUGACUGUUCUGUAAGAAUAUGGCGAGUGGAUAAUGCAGAUUGUCUCCAUGUGCUAACCGAUCACUGUAAGAGCGUAGAGACAGUUUGCUUCAGCCCAGAUUCUACACAUCUGCUGUCUGCCGGUUGGGAUCGUUCUGCCAUUUUGUGGGAAGUUAAGAGUGGCCAAAAUGUGAAGACAUUCCAUGGACAUACAGAUGUCAUCCAGUGCAGUGCUUUCUCAACGACUGGAUCAAGCAUUGCCACUGGAUCUUGGGAUUACACAGUUCGGCUGUGGAAUUUACAAAGUGAUGGACCAGUCAGAAUACUGAAAGGACACAGGGGCAAUGUUAGCUGUGUGUGUUUCUCUGUGUCUGGGAUGCUGGCCUCUGGAUCAUGGGACAAGACCAUUCGUGUUUGGAAUACAAACAAGGGAUCUCUCAUCUUUCUAUUAAAGGGACACUGUGGAUGGUUGAGGAGUUUGUCCUUCUCUCGAGAUGGUAUCCUGCUGGCCUCCACAGGCCAUGAUAAAAUGGUAAGGCUUUGGGACUGUGAGAAAGGAAAAUGCAUCAAAAUCUUAAAGAGAAUGAUUGACAUGGUACACACAUGCUCAUUUUCACCAAGUGGGACUCUCAUCUUAGCUGGAUCUGCAGGACUUUACCAAAGUUAAAAUGAAUAUAAAGUCAGCUGCUU